AUGUCGAUCAUCCUGCAAUUUUGUGUGUUGACCCUGUCGGGCUUUAUCCAGCUUGGGGUCGUCGUCAUGGCCGUGCACAAGCUCUACAACCACUACUCAAGCACAUGCAUAUACUCCCUGUGCGUGGCUCUUCUCUUCCUGGUGUUCAUCAUCUCCCAAUAUUUUACCGUCGUUCCCGAAGCGCGACAAGCCAACAAUGAGUCGGUGACGGCAUCGAUGGUUGGAAUUGUGACGGUGCCCUUUGCGGGCGGGCUCCAGCUCAUCUUGAUUUACCGCAAGUUUUCCGAAUUCCAGCCGAUCUUUGGGCAUAGCACCGUUUGGCAAGACAGGUUGUUUUGGACGACCCUCCUACUUGUCGUCAUCGCCAACAUUGUCCUGGCCGAGAUUCCGUCGAUUAUCGCGCUAGGCAUUGCCAAUAUCGGGCUGUUCUUCUAUCUUACAAUCUGCACGUUGGUGAUGUGCAUCGUAUUCCUUCGCAACAUCGAAAGAGUGUCUCGUCUCGACGAUAGCACCGCGUCUCGGAAAAAGUCACGGCACUCCUCGCGAGCGUACCUGGAGCCAUGGGUCAAGAACCUGCUCUGGUUUAACUUUGGAAACUGCCUUGUGACCACAGCGGUGUUCAUCGCCGGAUCCUUGCUAUACCAAUCCUAUCCAAACCUCAGCAACGUCUUUAUUGACGCACUCAUUCUGGGAGCAAUCUCAUACCAGAUCUCCUGCCUGGUAUUCAUCUACAAUGUGCUGCCGUCCAAGCUGGUGUCGACCGCCAAUAAGCUCUCUCAGCCAAACUUGAAGGAGAUGGGAAUAUCUUAG